AUGGCCAGCCAGCACCAGCAGGCUCAUCACUUCAAUCCUCAAUGGUACUUCUACCAACCGCCCGGCCAAGUCUACCAUGAUCCAGUGUAUGCCCCGGUGGACUAUCGAGUGCAGCAAGUGGCGCCGCAGCAGCAGACACCGACUCAUCAGCACCAGGCUUUCGUGACGGCGGCCGGCUUCACGGCGCUUCGACCUCAGCAACAACGACUUCCCGUCCGCACUCGACAGCAGACCCGUCACGCUCGCGCCACCAUGGCUUCCGAAGGACAACAGCACGCCGGACCGAGCGAGGACGAGAUGGCGGAGAUGCAGAAGUUGAGCAACGAGUAUGAGCCUGAAGUGAAGGGACCGCUAGUCGGCCAGCGUCAAUCGACCAACAACCUCACGACCGAGUAUGCGUCCGCCGAUCCGGUGUAUCAAGCGAAGACGACGAACCUGCCUCAGAAGUACUCUCACUACCGCACCGUGAGAGGCGAUGGAUCGUGUGGAUGGCGAGCCAUCGCCUUCGGCUACUUUGAGACUCUGAUCAACCUUGGAGAUGGCAACAAGUUCCUCGAAGAGGAGGCAAGGCUCCGUUCCCUUAUGAACACCUGCACCGCUGCUGGCUAUGACCCUUCGCUUCUCGAGGACUUUGCCGAGGAGACUUACACUCUCUUGAGGAAGGUUGCGAAUGGCAUGCAGGACGGUACCGCCGAGAAUGCGCUCCACGAGACUUUCAAUGAUGACUACGUCCAGAACUUCAUCAUUACGCAUAUCAGGACUCUCACUGCCGCCUGGAUGAAGACUCACUCGCAGGACUACAUCCCUUGGGUUGUCGGCGGCUCAUCUAUCGACCAGUACUGUGAGCAGUCUGUCACGCCCGUGUCGAGUGAGCUGGAGCAUCUCAGUCUCAACGCGCUCAAGGAUGUUCUGCUGUCUCCCGCGGGCAUCACUCUCGAAGUCUUAUACUUGGACCGAAGUCAUGGCAAAGAGGUCAACAUGCAUCGCUUCUCUCCAGUCAACCAUGGCGGCUACGAUAUCGGCUAUAUCAGGCUUCUGUACCGCCCGUUAGUUAUGAAUGACUCCUUUCUAUCACGCUCGGCUGACAUCUCCAACAGAGGACACUACGACAUUCUCUACAUGCCCUCUGAUCUGCCACCAGUCCCCGUUCCUGCUGCCGUUCCAACAUAUCUACAGUACGCCAGCCAGCCGUACCAUGAACCAGUCUACGAUCUUGGCCUGCCGGACUUCAUGACGACCAUCCCUGGCAUGUCGUACGCCAACCCACACCAAGCAUGGGUAGGUUCGAGCUAUGCAGACUCGGACUUCUUUGGAUCGUCCGCACCAGUACAGCAGUGUCCGCAGCCAAUACCAGCACCUGCAGUACCGGCUCCGCAACCUCAGAUGCAAGCAGCGCCCGUGUACGUGCCAGCGGCGACAGCUCAUCUGGUGCCACCGCCGACGCAGAUGCCCGAGGAGCUUGUCAUUCGCACCGUGCCACAAGCCAACGUGUCGUCGCACCAAGGGUUCGCGCCUCAAUCUACUGGACCAUUCAGACCGUCGACGUGGCAGCUCGAGGCUGAUAUGUCUCAGCACACACCACUUCAGACUGCCAUCUUCAGGAAGUGA